UUUCUCAAAUUCACCAAAUUUCUCAUUUCUUUUCACUUUUUUUUGCCACUACAAUUUUUUUUUCUUUUUUCCAAAAGAGAGAAAAAUGAAUAUUCUUUUCAAUAAACUAUAUAUGCAUUCAAAAAUUGAAAAUGAAGACAAAGAAGAAGUAAAGCAUAGAAAGGCACAAUUUUUGAUCUACAAAACACUAAAGAAAGCAGAUUCUUAUGUGCCUAGGAGAAAAAAAUCAUAUUGGUUGAAAAUGAAAUUAUAUAAAUUGAAGAUCAAAAUUGGGAGGAAAUUAAAGAAAUUAAGAAGGAGAAUAAUGUUUACAUUUUCUACUUCUAGAAGUAAAGUUUGAAUAUUAAUAUUUUAUUUUAAGUGCGUAUCUAUGAAUUGAUCACAAGUCGGAAUAUGAU